AUUAGACUAGUAUAUUCUCCCUUUCCCAAUUAUCCAUCACCAUCCAAUACAAAAUAUACAAAUAUUUAUCUAAUCUUAACCAAACCACACCAAAUACAAAGAUCCAAUCUUGGAAAAUGACCUCUUUAAAAACCCCCAAACAAAAUUAUAAAAUCUCUAGUUUUAAUUCUUAGUCCCCCAACUGUCAUUCAAGGGAACCGUUGAAAGAAUUUCCCUCAUUUUCUUUCUUUUUCCUCUUUCAUUUCUCUCAAUCCUUGCUUAAAGCUUUCCUGUUGUUCAUCUUUCAUCUUCAUUACGUUUCUUUCUCUCUCCUCUUUUUUUUUCCUAAAAAUUAAUUGCCCAUUUAAUUUCCUCAUUUUUUUUCACUAAAUUAAGAAUUACCCAUUAAUUCCCCAUUUUUCUUAAAUACCCAUCUCAAAAAAAGUUAAAAAAGAAAAAAAAAAAGAGGCAGUUUUUUUAGGGGUUUCUUCCAUGGAAUCUAGUGUAAUAGCAACCCACCUUAGUGUUAAUCAAGUUCUUGACUUUAUUAAAUCAGACGAUCCAAAUUUGAAGAUCAAAGCCGCCCAAGAGAUCAGACGGCUUACAAAAACUUCUCAACGUUGUCGUCGUCAGCUUUCCCCUGCUGUUCCACAACUCGUUUCUAUGCUCCGAGUUGACUCACUGGUUUCUACUGAGUCUGCUCUUCUUGCCCUUCUUAAUCUCGCUGUCAAAGAUGAAAAGAACAAGAUAAGCAUAGUAGCUGCUGGUGCCUUGGAUUCGAUGAUCGGUUUUCUCCAAUCGGAGAACACGAGUCUUCAAGAAUAUGCCACCGCCUCGUUGCUAACGCUCUCCGCAUCUUCAGUAAAUAAGCCAACCAUUACUUCUUCUGGGGCGAUCCCUCUUCUAGUAGAUGUCCUAGAAACCGGCACGCCUCAAGCCAAGGUAGAUGCUGUCAUGGCACUUUACAACCUUUCCACACACGCGAAUAACAUUACUCUGAUCUUAGAGACAGACCCUAUUCCGCUCAUUGUCGACUUGCUCAAAACGUGCAAGAAAUCCUCGAAAACAGCUGAAAAAUGCACGGCUCUCUUAGAAUCUCUUGUGAAUUUCGAUGAGGGUAGAAAUGCUUUAGUCUCCGAAGAAGGCGGUGUACUUGCUGUCGUGGAGGUCUUAGAAAGCGGAUCUUUGCAAAGUCGAGAACAUGCGGUUGGGGCACUCUUGACGAUGUGUGAGAUCGAUCGGUCCAAGUAUCGGGACCCAAUACUUAGAGAAGGGGUUAUACCGGGUUUACUCGAGCUUACGGUACAAGGAACUCCGAAGUCACAAAACAAAGCUCAUUUGUUGUUGAGGUUGCUUAGGGAGUCACCUUAUCCAAGGUCGGAGUUACAACCGGAUACUUUGGAGAACAUUGUUUGUACCAUCAUCUCACAAAUGGACGGUGAGGAACAAUCAGGAAAAGCAAAGAAGAUGCUUGCCGAGAUGGUGCAAGUGAGUAUGGAACAAAGUUUGAGACAUUUGCAGCAAAGGGCUCUUGUAUGCACCCCUUCUGAUCUUCCGAUUGCCAAUUGUGCAUCUCAAGUUCCUUCGAAAUGAUCAUAUAAUAAUCUAAUCAAUCUCUUUAUUUCCUCGUUUUGAAAUUCCGAAAACUUGUUUAAACUUUUGCCCAGUCGUUUUAGAUACGAUCUUUUGGGCAAAUGAGAAUGUUAUACUACUGUGCAUACAAUGAGCGAUGCCAGUCCAGGCCAUUGUUAAGUGGUAUCAGGUGAUUGGUGGAUGUUGUGGGGAAUGAAAUUAGGAAAAUUUGGAAUAUAGGGGUCUUUUUUUUCUUUUUCUUUUUCCUUGAUAGUCUCUUGUUUGUAAAGAAAAUUGUUUAUUAAAUCUUGUAAUGGUAAUUCUCAAUCGUUCCACGUUUAGAGCUCAGUUGUUGAUGAAUAUUGGGACUGAUUUAUUGAUUUAUAUAGCCGAUCCUGUGCUUUUGGGUUUA